AUGAACUUGUCAAAACGCCUGGCUCUGUUAGGGGCACAAUCCGUCGCCAAACCUCGAGGUCUCGGCUCCUCUUUCGGCUUGAUUCAUCGUCGUCCGGUUCCUUUCCGGCAAAUUUCCGAGCUCACUAAAGUUAAUGGGAAGCGUGCUUUUCUCGUCGAUACAUUGGCUCUGGUGAGGAGUCUUGAAGCUCAAGGUGUUCCAUCUAAACAAGCUGAGGCAAUAACUUCUGCCAUUACUGAGGUGUUGAAUGAUAGCUUGGAAAAUGUCUCUGAGUCUUUUGUUUCAAAAGCAGAAAUGCAGAAGAUUGAAAUGAUUCAAGAGUCAAAUCUGUCAAAAUUUAAAUCUGAUGUUAAAAGUUCUCAGGAGCAUCACUUUACUGUUUUGCAACGCGAAACAGAAAAAUUACGAGGCGACAUAGAGAAGAUGCGAAGUGAGCUUAGGUAUGAAAUCGAUAAGGUCACAGCUGGACAACGGUUGGAUUUGAAUCUUGAAAGAGGUCGAAUACGUGAUGAGCUAGCUAAUCAGAAUUCCGAAACAACAAACCUCACAAACAAGCUUGACAGGGAAAUUCAUGCAUUGAGAGCUCUAUUAGAAGCUUCAAAAUAUGAGGUGAUCAAAUACUGCAUAGGUACACUUGUUUCGAGUUCAGCAGUCGGCCUCGCCCUCCUUCGUAUCUUCCUGUAG